GAGUCUACAGAGCACAGAGCUUCGUCUCAGGAGCCGCAUCAGAUGUGUUGCUUUCACUGCUCGCUGGGUGGACAUAGCGCUGAGUCGUCACUUCUGUCCUCUAUUCCUGGAUGCAGGACAGCGUUGUCAAGGUGUUACGUUUAAGAGGCUCAUGAGCUUAUAUGGGAUGUAGGUCAACAAAGGUGGAAUCACUUUCUAUCUCUAUGUGCACACAAUGCAAUGUAAUAUUCCUGUAAUAUGUAUAAUACGUUUCUUUACUGGCUUGUUGUCUUUAGUGGUAAGUAGUCAGGUCUGAGUUUGUCCUCCAAACACACACAAACACACACACACACACACACACACACACACACACACACACACACACACAGUUAGAGACAGGCAAACUGAUAGGGGAAGGAGAGAGAAGGGAUAGAUAGGCCUCUCUCUCUUUCUCGCUCUCUCUCCCCCCUCUCUCUAUCUCACACACACAUACACUCACAACAAGCAGCUUUAACCUGAUGUUGUUUGAAGCAUUCACCUUGGUUACUUAAAUGCUUUUGUUGUUUCUACCUGAAUUCAAACAUAAUUGGUGUAUUUCAUUUCCCCCUGAUUUAUUCUAACUGCAAGCAUGUAACAUAACCUGUUUAAGGCUAAAAUGUAGUGUGUAAUAAACACAUCCAACCAUGAUAUCAGGGAGUGAAGGCACCUAAACUCAGUUUAUCAUCAGGGUGGUGUUUUUCUGUAUUAUUUCUGGGACAUAGUAACAUAAUUGGCUACAUUAUAUAAAAGUCAUUGUCACACAUUGCUGCUUUCCUAUAAUUAACAACCAAUUUUUGAUUUAUUUUGUAGCUAUUUGCUUUAUUAUCACUGACACCAGCUACAGUAUAAUCACUACCAAGGUUCUGUUAAGUCAUCCAUCCAGCCCACGUUGCCUUUGACACUGUCAUGCACGGAUGAUGUUGUGGCAACCAGCUGUUCCUGGACUCAUUUGUCAGGCAGGUUGCUUCACCUGGUGGAGUCUUAUAAAAAAAAAAAAAAAAACAGCUGAAAAGACUGACGCAGGCAAAACGCAGCAGAACUCAGGGGACGCACAGGGAGAGCCCUUCGUUAUCUUUAAUUACCACCACUCCACCAGGGUUCAAAUUCAUUUAAUCUGUGGAACCUGCUGUACUUCGGGCAUAUUGCACCAAUUAAAGCACGGUUCAGGUGUCUUCGUGCAAUGUGGCUGAGGUGUCUCGGGAGUAAUGAGCCCACUCUCUGCACAUCAGAAAAAUAUUUGUUUGCUAAAUCUUUUAUAUCAUCAUCAUACAUGAAAAUUCAUCAAGAAACAAAAAACAGAGGAGGCCUUGCUGCCUCUCCAGCCUGUACGAUAACAAGGCUUUUAGAGUAGACUAAGGCCUGUUGUCAAUCCUCUUAUAUUGUGCCUCACUGAAAAUGGAUUAGUGAGUAACACCUACGUUUUGGCCCCGGGUCACUUUGGAAGGAUUUGAUUGAAUGGGCCUGUAGCUGACACUGGCCUCCUAUUGAUAAUUGAUAAUACAUCAAAUGCGCUUCAUUUUUUUUUUUUAUUAUUAUUUAAAUAACUCCUUUAUAGAGCGCUCAAUGGACCCGGUUUUCCUUUUUAACUUGAUCUGGAAAAAUGUGAUAUAUUUUGUUUUUCAAAGGCGCAUAUGAAAGAAAAGAAGCCCGAGGAGCAGAGGUGUGUGUGUUUUUUUUCUUCUUCCCUCCUUCCUCAGAUAUGCUGCCUGUGAACAGAGGUGUUUGUGGAAACGCACAGGAGCCUGCAGAGGCGCUGACUGCGGGACAUAAGUAGCUCUCCAGGGUCCUGAAGUUGUCUCCAAACGCGACAGACGCCAGCGCCCGAGAUCUGCCUGUCACCUUCAGCCCACAAUGACUUGGGCUUGUCUAACACAUAGACAGCGGGGUGAAUAGAUAAGGGGUUUUGGGGAUGGUUAGGUGACGGUUUGUGUGGAUACAAAAAAACACAGAUCCCAGAGGACACCUGUAAGACGUCUCUCAUCGGACCCUGAAGCUGUCCUGAUGAAAUCAAAUAAACGGCGGUCUAAUUGAUAAUACUAGUGAACACAAAGAUUCACUACCUUGGACACCCUGGAAGGACAAUGCAACAUAUUCCUCCAAAUUUCAGAGGGGCGCUAUGGGAGUCCAACAAUCCAUGCAUGCCCAUAAUUAAAAGCAGAUCAACUUUACCGACGCUGCCCUUUUAUAACUUUCUGUUAUGGGUCCUCCUCGGAGUGUUGACGUUCCCUUGUUGUGUCCGCUGUCUGAUAUUCAAAGUGGGGGUCCUGGGGCCUUGGAACUGCGACCCUAUUUACUACAGGGCCCUGCCCGCUGCUGCCGCCAGACUCGCUGUAAGCAGAAUAAACGGAGACCUAAAUCUGGACCUGGGCCUGCAAAUGGACUUUAUCAUCCUCCAGGAGCCUUGUGAGACCUCCAAAGCCCUCACUGCGUUUAUUUACUAUGAGAAUAUGGCGGAUGCGUUUGUGGGUCCCACCAACCCGGGAUACUGUGUUGCAGCCUCUCUGCUGGCCAAGAAUUGGGAUAAGGCCAUCUUCUCUUACGGCUGUGUUAACUUUGAGCUGGACCGAGUCAUAGGAUACCCGACCUUUGCCAGGACACUGCCGUUUCCCAUUGAGGUGGUGUUCACCGUGUUGAAACACUUUAGGUGGGCCAGCGUUGUGGUGGUCUCAUCCAACGAGGAUAUUUGGAGGGACACUGCUGGGAGGGUCGCUACUUCACUGAGGAGUAGGGGGCUUCCCGUUGGCCUGGUUACAUCUAUUGGUUUAAAUGAGACAGAGGUGGAGAGCACGCUGAGGAAGAUCCAGGCUGCAGGGGAGGUCAGGGUCAUCAUCAUGUGCAUGAACUCGAUCCUGGUCGGAGGGGAGCAGCAGGCUACUUUUCUCCUCAAGGCACGGGAAAUGGGCCUGACUAUGGGGAAGUACGUGUUUGUGCCCUACGACACCCUCCACUACAGCGUGCCGUACACCAACGUCUCCUACUUCCCCCUGAAAAACAACAGCAGGCUGAGGGAGGCCUAUGAUGCUGUGCUCACCAUCACUGUGGCCUCUGAGCCUUUGUCCUUCACCGAGGCUUUGAGCGCUGCCAAGAGGAGUGAGGAAGUGACGCUGGCUGUGCAGCCAGAGCAGGUUAACCCACUAUUUGGGACCAUCUAUAACAGCAUCUACCUGCUGGCCAAGUCCAUCCACAAUGCCAGGAGAGCAGGCAUGCGGCUGUCAGGCUCAAACCUCGCCUAUUUCACAAAGAACACAACCUUCAGCGGCUUCAACCAGAAGGUCCAGGUGGACACAGGCGGGGACAUUAAGACCAACUAUGUCAUCCUGGACUCUGAUAACAGGGGGGGGCAGCUGUACCAGACCUAUCUGGUGGAUCUAACAUCAGGGGUGCUUCGUUUUGCCGGGAGGUCCAUUAAUUUUCCAGGAGGAUAUCCGCCGCCAUCUGACUCCAGCUGCUGGUUUGACAAGAAUGCCGCCUGCACGGGAGGUGUGGAGGUCACCUACAUCAUAGUGGUGUUGGCUGUCAUCGUCACUCUGGCUGUAGGAGGGCUAGCUAUAAGUCUUUAUAUCAGGAGGAGACUCCAACAAAUCCAGCUGGUCAAAGGUCCCAAUCGGAUCCUCCUGACCUUAGAGGAUCUCACGUUUAUCAAUCCUCAGCUUAGCAAAAAGAAAAUCACUUUAGAGGAUCUGAGCGAGUCCAAGAGUGCUCUGGAGGAGAAAUCUGCAGAACGCUCACAUUCUGUAGUCAGCAUGCAGACAGCAACUCAUGAGACCACCAGUGUAGCUGUGUACGAGGGCGACUGGGUGUGGCUGAAGAAAUUUGAGGAGGGACAGUUCAAAGAAGUGAAGCAGAGCACUACCAAGAUUUUCAGAAAGAUGAAAGACCUGAGAAACGAGAACGUGAAUCCAUUCCUCGGCUUCUUCUCGGACUGUUCCAUGUUUGCGGUGGUGACGGAGCACUGCUCACGGGGCAGUCUGCAGGACCUGCUGAGGAACGAGGACGUUAAAUUAGACUGGAUGUUCAAGUCCUCACUUUUGCUUGACCUCAUCAAGGGUAUGAAAUACCUUCACCACAGAGAUUUCCCUCAUGGCAGGCUAAAAUCUCGUAACUGUGUGGUUGACGGGCGUUUUGUCCUCAAGAUUACUGACUAUGGCUUCAAUGAGCUGCUGGAGUCUCAGAAAGCUUCUAUAGAAGAACCUCCACCUGAAGAUCUAUUUUGGACAGCUCCAGAGUUCUUAAGGGACCUUGCCAACUCACGUAAAGGCACCUACAAGGGAGACGUGUACAGCUUUUCAAUCAUCCUUCAAGAGGUGGUGGUCAGAGGGCCACCGUACUGCAUGCUGGGUCUAUCAUCCGAGGAGAUCAUCCGUAAGGUGAAGAAGCCUCCUCCGAUGUGCCGCCCCACUGUGGCCCCGGACCAGGCUCCUCUGGAGUGUAUCCAGCUGAUGAAGCAGUGCUGGAGCGAAAUGCCUGAACGCAGACCCACAUUCAAUGAGAUCUUUGACAGGUUCAAGUUAAUCAACAAGGGUAAGAAGACUAACAUCAUAGACUCCAUGCUGAGGAUGCUGGAGCAGUAUAGCUCCAACCUGGAGGACCUUAUCAGAGAAAGAACAGAGGAGCUGGAGGUGGAAAAACAGAGAACAGAAAAGCUACUGUCAGAAAUGCUCCCACCCUCUGUGGCUGAGGCUCUGAAGACAGGCGCCACAGUGGAGCCAGAGUACUUUGACCAGGUGACGAUCUACUUCAGCGACAUUGUGGGUUUCACCACCAUCUCCUCGCUGAGUGAUCCCAUCGAGGUGGUCGACCUUCUCAAUGAUCUCUACUCUCUGUUUGACGCCGUGCUCAGUAACCACGACGUCUACAAGGUGGAGACCAUUGGUGAUGCUUACAUGGUAGCAUCGGGUCUGCCAAAGAGAAAUGGCAACAAGCACGCUGCUGAGAUCGCCAACAUGUCUCUGAACAUCCUCAGCUCAGUAGGGACCUUCCAUAUGCGGCACAUGCCAGACGUUCCCGUCAGGAUACGCAUAGGAAUCCACUCAGGGCCCUGUGUUGCUGGAGUGGUAGGUCUGACUAUGCCUCGGUACUGCCUUUUUGGAGACACUGUCAACACUGCCUCUCGCAUGGAAUCCACUGGGCUGCCUUAUAGAAUCCAUAUAAAUAUGAGUACUGUGAAGAUCCUCCAUUCUCUUAAUGAGGGUUAUAAAAUAGAAGUCAGAGGCAAGACAGAGCUGAAGGGUAAAGGUAUUGAAGAGACAUACUGGCUUGUGGGGAAAACUAACUUUACAAAGCCUUUGCCAAAACCGCCAGAGAUCAAACCAGGAGAGGACAAUCACGGGCUGAACCCUGACGAUAUAGCUGCGUACAGGAGAAAGAAAGCUGAGAAAAAGGCUUGACCUUCUUAGUCCGAACACAGGAGGGACAACUGGCAGGAGAUGGUGACAGAGGAGAUCAAAACCCUUUUUCGGAAGGCCAACAGGCAGGUGGACAAUAAGAUCUGAAUGAAAGAAGGAGAAGGAAAGAUGUGAAAGAAGCAAAACCAGAGGAGCAGAAGAGAGGAGUACACAUCCAGAGAAAAGGAAGAGACAACGAGCUGGGAGGGGCAGGCAGAGGACAGAGAGCACUACACAGCCUCUCACUGUGGCUUAAUGCAGACUUGUUUAAGAGGAUUGUCCAUCGACUGGCUAAUCUGCCUGCAGCCAGCACAGCAGAACACGACGGUGCUAAUGUAAUGAGAGUUGUCGCAUUACCUGCCUACGUACCUGCUGCCAGUAGCACAGGGAAGCUGCACCAAUCCUUAAUGACGGAUGCACUCAUUCACUCCUCUCCGCACUCACUGGCCACUGAGUGGUCACCUAUUUCAGGGCAACCAGAGGUUCACCCAUCGGAUUAUUGAAUGCCCCAAACGCCUAUUUCAAAAUGAAAUGUUAUAUUUUCUGGUGAUAAUGUCUGUUUUUAGUUUGCCAUGAAAGCUCAUAAUAGAGUUGUGGUGCCGAGGCUGUUACUUCGCUAUGGCUGAAUAUUAUAUGUUAUUAGCUCUCCAAAGUUGGAGGCAAAAGCUGCUAUUGUGUAUAAUUAUCAAAAGAGAAGGAUACAUUUGCCACUUUUAUUUCUACUAUUUUAGAGCAGAAUGACAAGGAAAAGUCAGUCAAGUCUAUUCCAACAAUUAUUUUUAAUCAAACUGUCACCUUUUAUUUACACUAAUGAAAGGGUGACAGUGCUGGGGAAGUAAUGACAAUGCAGCAUGAUAAUGAAAAUGAUUUAUUUACUGUUAUAGUCAAUACAAUUAUAAGGUGUACUUAAUUAAUUUUAAGGUGUGAAACAUGUUGCUGUUUCCAAAGUGUUCAGUGAUGGAUUAAUUCCCCUGACACAUAUUGAUGUCAACACCUAUAAUUCUGGUUAAAGUUUAUGAUCUAAAUUGUUGGUUUGUGCUACAACAUAUCUGUUUGCUUUCAAUAAUAGACCUCUAAUACAAAGUCAUAAAUUAUGUGAAGUUCAUUGGGAACAUGUUUUUUGGUGGUCAUUUUUUUUCACCUUCUCAACAUUUUAAAAACUUAAAAUCUUGUUUGUUUUCUGUAAUUACAGAUUUACAGCCUCUCUUUAAUGUGUCAGUAUGAGAACACAAACUCUGCUUACACAGCAGUUUUUAUUCAUGACACCAACCAAAAUUGCCUCUAAAUUGAAUUUCACUUUGUUAUGUCAAAGUAACUUUUGUGCACAAAUGUAUUUAUUAAACUUUAUUUCUGAGUUCAGGAGAGCAAACUGUGAGCACAAAGUUAAUCAUGUCCCCAACAGCUAAUGUUGCACUGUAUUAAUGUUCCACUACGGCCCAUUUUAAGACUUUUGUGUUGCUAGAAGCUCUAGUGCAUUUUUCCUCACAUAUGCAUGAUGUGUCUGAGUGAUACUUAUCAGCACCAUCUAGUGUCCAAUUAAGAUAUUGCUCAGGAGCACUGAAUGGAUUGGUGUUUUUAUUAUUAUUAUUAUUAUUAUCGACAGAUUACUUUUGAGUAAAAAAGUUAACUGCAAACAAAUGUUGGCGUAAGGGAAUACCUGAGAGCACAAACUACAAGUAAAAUUAAAUAAAAUAGGUAAUAAUAAUAUUUAAAUAUGCUAUUUGAUAGAACUUGAAAGUUUUGUUUUGACCUAAACCCCAAAUAUGAAGUCACAUUUCAACUGAAACCAUAGCCAAUUAUUAUUGUAACCAUUAUAUUCUAAUAACACUUGAAAAUAAUGCCCUGCAUCUCAUCAUAUUAAUCUUAACUGUAGGAGCAGCUUUUUUCAUGCUUGGUGUACAAAACAACAGCACAGUCAGUCAGAAACGUGUAUAUUGUGUAAUUUAUGUUGUCAUUUGUCUUGUAUAUUAUCACUGCAAUGCAACGUAUAAGGUGUAUGUAAAUAUGACAUCAGUCAUAGUAAUUAAAUCAUUAAUUUGUAA